CCCUGUGGUGUGGACUACGAACUCCGAGCCUACAUAGCCGAGGAGUGUGACGAAAAGCCGCAAGCUCGGAGUUCUGUGCGAAUGGCCAUCCGAAAGCUGACGUACGCGCCCGAGGAAUCUGCGCCUCAGCCCUCUGCCGAGGUGGUUAAGGACUUCAUAAUGAGCCCUGGAACUCUGCGUCUGGAAGUUUCUCUCGAUAAGGAGGUGCUUUAUGGUUCCCUGCCUACUACUCUUGCUCCUUUGCUUAAAAUCUGUGCCUUUCGCGCAUUGAGUCUCUAA